AGCGCGGGGCGGCCGCGCCAGAGGGGCCGGGGAGGGCGCCCGGGGCCGGGCCGGCCCCCUCUGAGGAGCGGGGGGCGCGUCCCGGGCCGCCCCGCUCCUCCCUCCUAAAACCCGCGAUUCCCUCUGCGUGCUGUCACCUGCUUUGAAAGAAAUACGGGUGUUCGGGGAAAGGCAUCGGGACUCCGCACACGCUUGAAAACGAGUUCUUAUGCAGUUAUUUGGUAAAUAAUGAAGGUUCUGUUGCUGAAGGAUCCCAAAGACAAAGACUCAGGACCAGAUCCAUAUAUUAAGGAAUUAGGAUUAUAUGGAUUUGAAGCAACUUUGAUUCCAGUUUUGUCAUUUGAAUUUGUCUCUCUUGAAAGCUUAUUUGAAAAGCUUUCUCAUCCAGAAUGUUACGGAGGCCUAGUUUUUACCAGUCCAAGAGCAUUAGAAGCUAUCAAGAUAUGUUUAAAAGAGAAUAGUAAAAAUGAAGCCUGGUCAAAAUCUCUUAAACAAAGAUGGAAUACUAAACCAGCAUACGUGGUUGGAAAAGCUACAGCUUCUCUAGUGGAAGAAAUUGGUCUGAUUCCACAAGGAGAAAAGUCUGGAAAUGCUGAAAAACUAGCUGAAUAUAUUUGCUCCAGAGAGAAACCUGAUUCCUCAGCUCUUCUUUUUCCUUGUGGAGCCCUGAAAAGGGAAGUACUUCCUACAGCACUUAGAGAAAAAGGAGUACCUCUGGAAAGCCUUACUGUUUAUCAGACAACCCAACACACUGGCCUGCAAGAAUCUUUGAGCUGUUAUUUCUCACAGCAGGGAAUUCCAGCAAGCGUCGUGUUCUUCAGUCCAUCUGGUGUUAAAUUUUGCCUCCAGCACAUUCAGAAGCUUUCAGGGGAUUUUAUCAACCAUAUCAAGGUAUCUUCUCUUUAAAAGUGGUGAAAUACGAUAGGGGGUAACUUUGUCGUGGGGGAAUGAGAAAUGGGAAGAAGGCUGUUACACCUGUCACAAACCUUCAUUUUCCCUUUCAUUUGUGUUUAUUUCACUGAAAAUCUGGUUACAGCAAACAUAUAGAUAGCAAAUGCAAAUGUUACUAUAUAGCUGAGAGCCUUUUUUAAAAAAAAAUUUUCACCUAGAAUUUUUUUCCCCGACUCACCCAGUCUCCACUGGGUAUAGGCUUGAUUUUCUGUUAGUGAUGUGAAGGUGUGAGUAGUUCUUGCUUGAAUCAGGCUGAGGUAUAUUGAAAUUCCUCUCACUUUUCCUGUUUUGUGGGAAUAAGAACUUUACCUCGCCAUUACAAACAUUUAAAUAAUCAUCAUGCCUAAGUAAUUUCCAAGUAGCUCAAUUGAUAGGUGGUUUUUAAUAUGGAAAAUCUUCAAGGUGAGAUGGUGAGUACUGUUUAGUAAGCUCAGCCAUGCGAGUUGACACAGUGUCAGCAAAGAAGGAAGAGGGAAUGGCCUCAAGCUGCCCAGGGCAGGGUCAGGCUGGCUCUGAGGAAGGAUUUCUGUGCAGAAGGGGCUGUUGGGCGUUGGA